UUUAGACGAAGUAUUGGCGUAAGUAAUAAUAAGUAACUUGUGAUAUAAGUUACGGCAUGAAGCUAAAAAUUGCAGAGAAAUAAUACGAUUAGUAGUGUUGUUUUUUUUAUUUAUUUAUUCACACUUGCAUUUGCAAUACCAAUUACUUUUGAAUUAUUUUUGUACUUGUAAGUUGUAGUAAUUUGUGCUGUAGCAUUAGUAAUAAUAAUAGACUAGUUUUAGUAUUACUAAUAUUGAUAAUUGAGUAUUAGAUUUAGUAUUACUUAUUAUUUCUUGUCGCUACUGGCAUUGACUGUGAUUGGGGUAAAGAAUAAUGCUUAUAAAUAGUAAUGUUGAUAAUAGGUAUAAAGUCAUCAUGUUACCCUUACAGAAUAUAAUUAUACAACAAUAUCACUUGUAUUAGUAAUGAGCAGGAUCAUUACCACAGUAUCAUUGAUUAAACCUGAGUUAGGCAUAAGUUAUAGUUAGAAUGUUACAUUCAUGAUUCAGUGCUUAGUGAUUUUUAAUGUAACUUGUGGCUCUAUUCGUUUAAAUAUGACAACAGUACUGGAACGAUAGUGAAAAGAAGAAUUUAGAAAACUAGUGAGUUCUAAAACUUAAAAGUAAAAGCUUUCAAUGCAUAUAAUUUUUAUUUAUAUAUAAUGUAUACUUAUAACUUAGCUCAAGAUUAAGUUAGCACUUAUUAUUAGCACUAGCAUCAUUGUCACUGGCUAUUAUUUGUUAAAAUUUGGUUAUGUUCUGUAAAAAUAUUAAUAAUCUAACAUUUAAGCUUUGAAGUUUGAUAAUGCUAUCACAAGUCAAUGUCUAGUGAUCCACAUUUUUAUUUUUUAAUUUAAUGUUCAACAACUUGGCUCUAUCUCUGUUUUGUCAGGUUUUUAUUGCUUAUUUGGAUCAAAGAAAACCAUUUUCCUCAAUUAGCAGAGAAUUUUUGAGCUGGCAAACAAACAUCCAUUUUGUCAAUUCAAAUGAUUGUUUUAAACAUCAAUCAAUCAUGGCAGAAUCUUCUUAUACAACCAGGAUACCUGAUGUAGUGCCUGUGGUUCCACCACGUUUAAAAGACAAAAGACUGUCAGAUGGAACUAAACACUCUUGGCCUGUUAAUGUACUUGAAAAUACUAAACCUGUUGAAAAGUUUGGUAAAAGUGAACAGAAUGGCUCUUCAGAAUAUGGAGCUGCUUCACCACCACCACUCCCUCCUAGACGAUUUGCUCCAUCAUCAGGCAAAACUUAUCCAUCUGAUGUUGACGAACUCAUGUUAGUUCCUCCUCCUCCUCCUCCACAAGCUCAACAGUCUUCAGACAUAGAAGAUCUUAUAUUUUUUUCUGGUACAGAUGAAGAAAAAGCAAACAUGUCUCACAAAAACAUUUUUAUGAAAGAUCUUUUAGAAUCAGAAUCUGAUGACAAUCUACCUUCACAGUGCUCAUCUAACCAGAUAAGCACAUGUAUAGAACCUAUUAGGAGAGAUAAUUUUGCUGAUAUAUCUUCAAAGUUUCAGACCAAUCCUCAAUAUAUGUGGUCAAAUAUGUCGUCUUUCUUUUCUCAAAGACCUAGUAUCCAAUCGCCACAGAUCUUAGAGUAUUCUCUCAGUGCUAAUCCCCAAUUUACACUGUAUAAUAUACAACACAGUAAUUCUUCACCAGAACUAGCAAAUGUCUAUAGAAAUUCUGAAGACAGCAACAUAUCUGUUUUGACUGCAACUACUAAUAUACAGCUGGAUAAAAAUUAUCCUAAAGGAAACAGUAUUUGUGUCAUAAAUAGUAAAACUCGUCACAUAAGUGUUGAAUCAGUUUUAACUUCUUCAGAACCAAAAAAUAGUAGUAAUUUAAUAGACCUCUUAGGUGUAGAUCUUGAAACUUCCAUUAAUCAAAAAAGUUGUCAAAGUGCAGUUGAUGAUAUUCUUAGUAUGUUUGAUCCUCUAAUUGCUGAAAAUAAUAAUCAAACAAAGCCAAAAGAUUUCCAGAUUGCUCUAGAAAAUGAGAGGCAAGCUUUCAUGGACUUCCACUUACCUGAUCAGGUAGAGGGUUAUGGUGAAAAAGAUAAUUUUGACUUUCUGUCUUCCACUGAUGGCAAGGUGUGUCAUGUUGAAGAGAAACUUAAGUUUUUUCCUACCUUAAAAUUUAAUGAAGUUACCAGUGACAAAGUUGUUGAAAAAUCAGAUAUAAAAAAUCCUCUGGAACCCAUUGCUGGAAAUUAUAUUAAGAUUGUAAAGAGAAGCUAUGUUUGUAAUACUGAGCUAAAUCAUUUUUGUGAUGAACUGAAACAACUGAGAUCAGAAUUUCCAAGUGAUGAUCAUAACACAAAUGAAGGCCUAGUGAUAAGUGCAACAUUAGAAAAUAAACAGUACAAUUCGUACAGUAUUAAAAUAGAAAUUAGUUCUGAAUAUAGUGUUAGACCUAUCACUUUUACCUGUGACAUGGGAACAAGUAUUGAACAUAUUAUCAGUCAUGUCGUAUGCAGUACUUUUGAUGAUUUAAAGGACAUAAACAUGGAUGACUUCAUCCUAAAGGUUCAUGGUCUUACUGAAUAUUUAACGUGUGACUCAUCUCUAGGAGAAUAUGAAUAUGUUCAGUACUGUCAAAAAUGUGACCAACCUGUUUGUCUCCGACUCAUUCACGUGAAAGACUUAAAGCAUCCUCUGGCAAGAACGCUUCAAGAUGAUAUAGAGAGUUUCGAAAUAAAACCUAUUGACCUGAUGUCACCCAAAUUAUCACUGACAGUUAACUUUGAGGCAGUCAAAAUUGUAAUGGAAACCCUCACAAAAGAGGUAGAAAAACUGAAAAUACAUGCUAGAAAUGAACAAGAAGAUACGCUACAACCUUUAGGUGUAAUCCAAGCAUUGAAAGCAUUGUGUACGUUAUCCCAUGUGGAAACUGUAGAGAUCAGUGAUUCUCUUCAGAACCUGAAAGAAAUAUGUGAAACAUUUGGAAAAUCAGAAUUCUGCCAAAGUAAUAUAUUUUCACAGGAUAAAAGUGUGAAUGAGCAUACUAAUGAUAAUUUAACAUCAACCCAGAAAGAUAACACUUUACUCAGACUUGAUUUGAUUAUUAAUCAACUGUAUGAAGCAGUAUAUCAGCUUCUUGUGAUGUACUGCCAAGCCUAUGAAGUAGAUUUUACUUUGCAGUUUUCUUCUGAUUUAGAUAAAGAAUUAAGUAGCAAAAUGGAUGUUACAAGCAUAUUAGACACACUUCUUGUUCACGUAGGGCCAGUUCAUAGAGUUUUACCUCAUUGGACAAAUACUUUUGAUCAUUUUUUUGUUUCAUGUGUGUUGUGUCAUGGCUCUCAGGAAAUAGCUUCUGUUACCACCUCCAAACCCAUUCCUGUGAAAAAAAGCUUUUUUGAUAGAAUUGUUUUUGAUGAUUGGCUUCACUUUCAGACAGUCUGUCUUUGUACUUUGCCUAGAGAAGCAAAGUUAUAUUUUACACUUAUUGGUGUUCCUGCUGUUCCUGCAGAAUCCAAGCAAACAGAAGCUACUCAGAAAGAGAAAAUUGUUAUUGGCUGGUGUGGAAUGAACUUGUUCAAUUUUAAAGGAGAACUUUGUCAGGGUAACUACUUACUUGGCUUAUGGUCUGAUGAAAUGAAGAAAGAAAUGGGACCUGCUGUGUGCAAUCCUAGUUCUAGCUGUCCAGUUUUACAAAUCGGUCUUACUGAAUUUGAUAGUACAGUUGUAUUCCCUGAUGUAAUUCAAGGAGAUAUUUCUGUAACCUACAAAAAGGACAUUGAUCAGCUUGACUUUGUUACUAGGAAACAACUUUUAGAGAUUGUUCAAAAAGAUCAUCUUACUGGUAUUUCCCAAGAGGAAAAGGAAUUAUUGUGGGCCAAUCGCCAUUGUAUGUAUGGCAUUCCUGAAGCACUCCCAAAGAUAUUGCAGUCAGCUCAUGGAUGGGACUGGGCAUGUUUAUCUGAUAUAUAUUUCUUGUUGCAAGAGUGGUGUCCUUUGCCACCUAUAGAUGCUCUUGUGUUGUUACUGCGUCAUUUUCCUGACUAUAAAGUCCGUUAUACAGCUGUCCAGUGGAUUAAAAAUGUGGGAUGUGAUGAAUUGUGUGACUACCUUCCACAGCUUGUACAAGCCUUACGUUUUGAAACGUGGGACAGUUCUCCUCUAGCUUGGUUUCUGUUGGAGCGCUCUUUGACCAGUGUUAGAGUAACUCAUCACUUGUACUGGCUUCUGAAACAGAAUAUUAAUGAUCCACUUGCUGGAAGAAGAAUGAAUUUAAUGCUUAAUGCUCUUCUCACUGUAUCAGGCAAGGCUAUGAGAGAGUUAAUUGAAAAUCAAGAAUCUCUGCUAAAUAGCUUGUCAGAUAUAGCUGAUCGAAUUAAGAAUACUAAAGAUUCUCUUCGUUUGUCCACCUUGCUUCAAGGAUUAGAAUCUAUUCAUCAUAAUCUUCAAAAAGACCCCACAGUCCUUCCUCUGAGCCCUAGUCUUGAAGUUCACGGAGUGGACAUAAAAUGUUGUAGCUAUUUCACCUCUAAUACACUUCCACUCAAGCUAAUAUUUAAAAGUUCUGAGGAAGGGACAAAACCAAUAGAAACUAUCUACAAAGUUGGAGAUGACCUGCGUCAGGAUAUGCUAACUCUUCAGAUGAUAAGAAUCAUGGACAAACUGUGGCUGAAGGAAGGCCUGGAUUUAAAAAUUAUCACUUUUACAUGCAUACCUACAGAAGUAAAAAAAGGCAUUGUAGAGAUGGUGACUGAAGCAGAAACAUUGAGAAAAAUUCAAACUGAACAUGGCCUGACAGGUUCAUUUAAAGAUCGUCCUAUAGCAGAAUGGCUUCAAAAACACAAUGCAUCUGAACUUGAGUAUCAACAUGCAGUUGAAAACUUUUCUCUUUCCUGUGCUGGAUACUGUGUAGCUACAUACAUUUUGGGAAUAUGUGAUCGGCACAAUGAUAAUAUUAUGUUAAAAACCUCAGGUCAUAUGUUUCAUAUUGAUUUUGGAAAGUUCCUAGGUGAUGCACAGACAUUUGGUAACAUAAAACGUGAUCGAACACCAUUUAUUCUAACUUCAGACAUGGUCUAUGUUAUCAAUGGUGGUGACAAACCCUCUGAGAAGUUCCAGAACUUUAUAGACAUUUGUUGCCAGGCUUUUAAUAUUAUUCGUCAACACAGAAGUAUUUUAUUGACUCUGUUCUCAUUGAUGGCUGCCUCUGAUAUCCCUGGAGUUACAGAGAGUGCAGUACACUAUGUGCAGAAAGCACUUUUACCCCACAUUUCUGAAGCAGAAGCUACUGCACAUUUUACACGUAUGAUUGAAGACAGUUUAAAGUCUUGGUUUACCCAGUUUAAUUUUUUCAUCCACAACUUGGCUCAGUUACGUUUUACAGGAGAUCACAAUGAUGAAUUAUUGUUAUCCUUCAGUCCUAAGACCUUCACUAAACAGACUGAUGGUUGUAUAAAAUUUUUAAAAGUGGUAUCUUACCAAAAGCGCUAUGAUCCAGAAAAGUACUAUGUUUAUGAAAUCAAGGUCACACGAGAAAAUGUCAAUCAGUCAAUGACUGUUUUCCGCACCUAUAGGGAAUUCUGGGAAUUUCAUCAGAAGCUUUGCAUGAUGUUUCCAUUAGCAAAGUUUCAUCCUUUACCAAGAGGGUCUUUUGUUGGACGAUCCAACAUUAGAGAAGUUGCAGAACAGAGAAUGAUAGAAGUUGAUAAUUUUUUGAAACAGCUCUUGGGUAUGGCUGAUGAAAUUGCUCAUUGUUCAUUGGUUUAUACUUUCUUCCAUCCACUCCUAAGAGACCAAGAAGGCUCUUCUCAGAAUGCUGCAUUGAGAGGUACAAAUACUGUGACUCGGCGAAGAGAGUCAGGAGGUCGAAUUAAGGGACAGGUAAAACUCUCUGUUGAAUACAAGAACAACAGUCUCUUUGUGAUGGUGAUGCAUGCUAAAAAUCUGAGGUCUCUCAAGAACAGUGCUCCAGAUUCUUAUGUGAAAACAUAUUUAAUCCCUGAUCCACAUAAGCUCACUAAGAGAAAAACAAAAGUCAUUUGGAAGAAUACACAUCCAACUUUUAUGGAAAUGCUUGUGUAUGGACUUCCUCUGGAUGUAGUAAAGAGCCGUACUUUACACUUGUCUGUGUGGAAUUUUGAUAGAGUCCAAGAAAACGAGUUUCUAGGGUCAACCUUGAUUCCCCUUAAAGAACUAAACCUGUUAAAGGAAAAUGUUAGGUGGUACCCUCUAGGCAGCUUUUCUCUGUAAUGUUUAAAUAGUUACCCUCUGCUAUUGUAUUUAUUUCUUUUCUGUUGCAUAUGUUUUAUCUAAUAUUUCAACUUACAUAUUUUUCCUUAAAGAGAUUACAUUAUUAAACUAAUAGUAAAGAGAAUUUGACCAGUGCAAGUGAAAAUUAUUUUGUGCCUUCAGUUUAAAAACGUUGUACUGCAUGUAAGACAUGGUUGUGUGGAACAUUUUAUGAUGAGGAGGGUUCAUUCAUCAAACAACAGGAUCAAAACGUACCAUCUGUAAAAACAAAAAUAUCUACAGUACUUUUUACUUCCUGGAUUUCAAAGAUUCGUUAUUUUUAUUUCACAUUUUCUAUAAUCUGUGUGGACUUUUAUCUCUCACCCAAACUGUCUGUACUAAGAAGAUUAUUGACAUCAGGCAUACUUUGUUGUUUUUUUUCCAGAAAAAUAUAUACUUUUUUGUAAAUGUGAAAAAUGUUCUCCAAAAAAGGGAAGAAUUAGUCGGUGUAAACCUUAACUUGAUGUAGUGCUACUCGACUUUUCUUAGCUACCACAAGUUAUUGUUAUAUGUUAGAAUUUUAAACACUUCCUUUCUACUUGAGAUUUUCCAAAGUUUAACUUACCCUUAUGCUAAUUAACUUGUAAGCAAACAAAAAUAUUUUGUGCUCUGCUGGGUUCUAACAGCAGUUCUUAGUUUAAUGGUAGAUACAUCCACAUGUUUUGUUUUUUUUCUUUGGAGGUUUUUCUCUCUUCAAAGUUUUGCUUAAUGUGGCAAUAAUAAUUAAAAGGCAUUUAAUAAAAGGAAGAAAUUUAUAUAUAAUUCUAGUAUCAAAACAUUUAGUGUAAAGCAACUUUUACUGGCUAUAACUUUGAAUCUUGCCAAAUAACUGUAACUUUAGUCAGUUUUAUGUUCCAGUAGUUAUGUAACUAGCAUCACAAAACUUAUUAUGUACACACACGUGGAUCUAGUUUUCCAUUAAGGUUAAUGAUAGUUUGUCACUUCAUCUUUACAGAGGUUUAGAUCAUUUGAAGUCAAAUAGUUUUAAAACUUGUAUAUUGAUAUUGUGACAUUUUAUAUCUGUAGUAUAUAGUGAUUAGGUUCCGGUGUAUUUUUCUGAGUAAAAACAAUCUUAUCAAGAACUUUGGGAAUAUUUUUAUGAAUUCAAAGUCUGGAACAACAAGUUGAAUAUUAUGGUUGUAGUGAAUUUACUUAUUUUUUCUUUUGAGUGUUUUAAGUGGACAUUACACAAUUGGCCUAUCUAUGCUGUGCCCACUUUGGGUAUCUAAAGCCUGACUUUUAGCAUUAUAAGUCUUCAAGAUUAUAACUGAGCCACAAGGCUUGGCAUGCAUAUCUUAAGAUGCAUUAUUCUUUCUAGUUAUUUCACAGAAAAUUAGUAUUAUAGUAGAAAAUUAAAAUUUUGUAUCGGGUCCUUGCAAAUUAUACAUGUUCACUGUCCACCUUGAAAAAUAUGUAGUGUUAGCAAAGAGACUUUUAAAAGGCAAGCAAGGUUAUGUUCAUGCCAGUGAUAUAUAUAUGUGGUGGUGUCAAAUACAAUUAAUUCUAAAAUUAAUACUUGGCAAUUUAUAAUUAUAUUUUAAAAAGUUAAAAAAGCACCUAUAAAAGUAUACUCAGUUACUUAAAAAGCUUAUUUCACUCUUAUCAAUCACUAGACGAUCACUUAGUUUGUGAGCAUUAACAUUGAUCAAAAUUUUAUAAAAAAACAAAAAAUAAGUUUUAAAGUGGUUAAAUGUUGUGUAUAUAGAUUGUAGAAUACAAUGCUAUAUUGCAGCCAGUGUGGCUUUUAAAAAGAUGGGUCCAAAAUAGUGUCUUGUAUAUUUAUAGUAGUUGAUUUCUUUGAUCUUGUCUGAUUUUAUGGAUUUUAGUCACUUACAUUAUAAUACAUUUUUUGACUAAUGUACUUGCAUAUAUGUUUAUAUUUAUGAUUGUUUCUAUAUAUUUUUCUUAAAAUCUAGAAAGUGUUGCAUAUUGUAAAACUACCAUAUAGCUAUUUUAUUAUAAUGUGUAUAUAUAUUCUCAAAAUAUUAUUGUAUCAAGGAAAUUUUAGAUAACACAAAUCUUAUUAUACUGAAAUCUGCUUGAAGGUUUUGGGUGGAAUAUCUUUGUCUGUUGACAGCAUGUAGCUGGAGUUGGGUGAACAUUAUGUAUUGCAUAAGUCUAGAGUCCUUAGGUGGAAUGGUGAUUAUAAAUGCCUGAAUCUGAUUUAUGCUUUGUUGUGGACUUAAGACAGAUAGAGUGUGAAGAAGAUUUUUAAUUAAAAAAAAUACUAUGAAAUCUAUGAUAAAACAUAUCAUGAAAUUGUUUGACAUUUUCAAAAUAUAAACUUGCAUAUCUAUUGCUGGAAAACUUGAUUGAAUCCCUUACUACUGUUUUGUAAAUGUUUACCAUAAUUCCUCUGUAGUCCUGAUGACAGCUUUGAUUUAAGUUUGUUUUUUGUACUUGUUUGAAGAGAUUUUUUUGAAGGUUUGUAGUUCUCUUUUAUAUGAACAUCUUUCAUAAAACAAAAUUAAAACCAGUAUUAUCCUUUAAAUUCAUUUCUUACAUGAUAAUAAAACUCUUACAAUUCUGGUUUUCACUUACUAGCUAGUUGAAAGUAGGCAUUGAAGUUAAUCUAAAUAUUGAAAAUAUUUUACACUUUUGUUAUGGGCCCUGAUUAAAGCUCACAUUUAAAAUUACUUACAGUAUCUUAUUUGUAUUUUGGUAGUAAAUAUUUUUUAUUUUUGUUUCUUUUUGAAAAAUGCUUGUGUGUUUCUGCAUGUCAAAAUUGUUUGCCAUUAUUUGCAAAAGCAACUGACAAACUAGAUGGUUUAUCAUGUGAGCAUUAUUUUAAAUGUGUGCUUCACUAUUGUUUAAGACCAAAGAGAAUUUAUUUUGCCAGAUUAUUUUUCCUUAAAGUUUUCAUUUGGGAAGGUUAAAGAUAGAAAGUUGUGAAGAGCUUUAGUAGCUGAGUUUGUGAUGAAAACCACCUUGGUGCUGAAAAAUAUAGUAGUUUGUUCUUAACCUUUAAUUAGCACAAUUUGUUUCUAUACAGAAUCACCUUUGAGCUAUUAUAAGUUAUGGUGACAUAUAAAUUUAGUUGAAACUACCUUGUACAUAGAAAAUAAUAAAUACAUCCAUAAUGUUAGCUGUAACCAAGUGACAGUACUUGAAACCUUAUGAAGGGGUUAUUAUGUAUAUAACUGCUGCUGGAGCUAUUGCUAUUUUAGCUACUUGAUUGUUUUUAGUGAUUUUAUUAAAAUUUAUAAUCAUUGCUUGAAAUUUUAAAUAUUUUCUGCUUCUUAUUAUUUUUUCAUAAAUGAGGUAUGCUUUAUUACAUGUGUGUAUGUGUACAGGUUUCCUCUCAUAGUUUUACAUGUGCAUGUUCAAGGGAUAUAGAUGCCUUUUUUUUCUACUAACAAAUGGAUUUUUUUUACCAUACAGUACCAACUGUUUUUUAAUCUGUAAAUAUGGAAAGCUAGGAUUUUUUUAUACAAAUAUAAUUCUGAUUGUAAAGGAAAUAAAUAAUGAAUAACUGAAACUUCUAUGAACAAGAAAUUGGUAUUGUUUAGUUAUUUAUAUUCAGACACUCCUAAAUAAAUCAAAACUUACUUAUACUAAUUACAUAACUAUAACCAACAGAUUAAAUGAACAUUUGAUUGUUACUUUCAGGAUACUAUUUUGAAUCUUAGACAGUACUGAAUAUAAUAAUAUUAACUUCAGGUCAGAGCAAGCUACCUACCGAGUUUAAAAAGUAAAAAUCCACUCGGCAAUGACUAUAGGAUGAUGAUGAUGGUUUUAAAAUCAAUAGUAAUGUAAAAGCAGAAUUUACUUUGUUAAUAUUAGGCCUCAGCUUAUGUAUAAUAUUUAUUGGUGUUAAUAAUAAUAGGACUAUUAAUUAUUUUAGGAAUGCAGUAAACUUAGGAAUAUAACAAGGAAAAAUCCUGUAUGUCUUUAUAAUUUUUCUAAUACUAGGUGACAAAUGCAGUGUAUUCCAGUACUUAAAAGCAUAAGAACUUUUAAAGUACUUGCCUAGUUAUCAGCAAGACAAAAAGUUGAGAACAAAUCAGUAAAAACAAAACUCAAAAAAGCAAAAUUUAAAAGUUAGUAUGAACUGAACCUAUAUUUUUAGAUAAACUUUUAUUUUAAAUAUGUAUUUGUAGAAUAUUAAACUUUUUAUAAGUAAAUGUAACUUGCUUUACAAAAGUACGAAAAUAAAGUACUUUUAAUAUUAUACAUAACAUUCAAUGAAUACCUUAUGGAUAAAGAAUCGGGAAUAUAUUGAUUUGUGGUAUAAUUAGUUGCAUGUUAAAAAAAGGCAUGAAUCAUUAAACUCUUCCAAAUUAACUGUUUGAAUUAGAGGCAAGUGAAAACAGUAUUUCAGCUCUGUUUUUGUGUGUGUGUGGCAAUCUUGCACCUAUACAUGAUUAACAAAAUUGUAAAUAAUCUUAUAGUAUUAAGUGUUUUUUUUAUGCUAAUGGUAUAUACAUUUGUACUUGUGUAUUUAUAAUGAACUACUUCCAGAGAAGUGGUUAUUUUUUAAUUUAGCUUAGAAUAGAUUUCAGUGGUAACUGAAAUUUGUGAAGUUUUUAUAAACUUUAAUGUAUUGCAUGUAUACAAGUAUCUGUUGUCUGCUCUUCCAGUUACAUAACAUAAUUUUCCCACAAUCCCAUUUUUGUUUGAUGUUUGCAUACUUUUGAUAGAAAUAAAAAUUGCUUUUAAGUAUUUA